GCUUACGAAAUUAAAAUAAUUAAAAUUUGUAAAAGGCUUAAUAGUGUAAAUAAAAGUAAGGUUGUUGGUUUAGGGCAUGAAAAAAAAACUUUGAUUGUUGUCGUGUGUACACUUUGGCAGUCUGAUGAUGGUUGAAAUACACUCUGUUUUGGUGCACAAAAGUGUAGAAUCAAGGUUAUUUCGAGCCAAUUUUCACUAUGCCGUAGUAAUAAGUAUAUAUGCAAAUCAAGGUGCCCGCACCAUCUUCUUCUCUUCGCCACGAUUGUUCCCAUCAUUCCCAUCAUUUCGUCGUGCAUUGAUUGCCCAACAUGACCACCGGCUUCGGAGGUUUCAAGCCUUCCUCAGCACCACCCGGAUGUUGGUUUAAAUAUCCCGACCACGAUUUGGACUUCGACCCUCUUCGGGUCAUGAGCUCAUUCUUUAUGCACCAGACUAAAGUCAUGGACUGCGACUGUCGAGACAUUGGCCUCUGUCCUGCUGGCCCCCCUCCUCAUCCUCCCAUCACCGAAUUUCUCACGGAUGAACAACGUGCCUACCUGGGAGACUCGCUCCCAGAACCAACUGAACGAGUUGUGGAAGAUUGGAAUACAAGGACCGGCUUUGGCGCCGACAAAAAUGAGAGACGCAGAGACUUGCCACCGCCUGCACAGCGGUUCAUGUCAGCUACUGGCACCAAGGUUGUGGCACGGGACUGGAAAGAUGAUCUGCCUCACUGCGAUGAAGUCCCUUUUGCACUUGUUGCGGCUGAUGGUACGCCAGCGCCUUUUGAUCCUUCUCGAUGCAAGAGCUAUACCCCGAAGAAGCCUCAGUCAGAGUUGCAAAUCCCCAAGGGCGUCAAUAUGGUUCGCUACUGCGCUGCCCGCGCACGCGAGCUGGCUUUGACCAAGCUUGCAGCUGAUGGCAUCGAUACCACUACCAUCCCAGACGAAGAAUACCGAGAGAUGGUAGAAAUGCUAGAAAAGCUUCCAAUUCGGCCUCGCGACGUGCCAACAGGCUGCAACCCGACUGUGGAGCUCGACACAUGUUCCUAUGACGGGCUUUGUGAUAGUUUGAUCAACCGCACUGUUGCUGUUACGGAAGAUAGCCCCAGCGCAAAGGCUCAGGCAGACAAGUUUCUACUUCGCCUGGGUUCCGCCGGUUGGAGCUAUCUGAAAGGAACGACUCAUAAGAAUGCAACAGAGGCACCAAAAGUCUCUGAUAAGAGAGACAAUCUCCAGCAUGGGCCGCGCGAUCCCAACGGCAUGAGCAUGAACGAAAUAGACGACAUUAUCCGCGAUUUGAAGCAAAACGUCGGAUCCGAGGCAGCUGAUGCCGACCGAAUGAGAUUUCGCCACGGCCCUGUCAUCAAUAAGAACGUCAGUGCAGGAGAAUAUGGCAUGUGGAAUACCUCAGCACGCGCCAUUGGCAACUUCUCAGCCUUGCCUGGCCACAUUGGGCAUCCCGGCUCUGUCAAUUGGGACGGUGAGAAGGCAAAACACGCUUUCGGAGCUGCUUACGGCCAUAUUUGCAUGGCUCUGUACUUGCUAGCCACCGCGGCCAAGGCUCCAGACUCCUUUGGGCUCGUCAACUAGGCGGGCUGCGUAUAAGUCAUAGGUCAGGUGUCAGUCCUUGAGUAAUAUGGUGUUGGUUAAGGACUUCUGAGCGAAGAUGGGCGUUUGUGUUAAAGUUUCGCAGGUAGUGUUGUGUAUAGACAGUAAUAAAAAUCGUUUAAGUCAACCCUAGAUCUUAAAUCGUCAUGAGACUUGUUUCUUAGCCUUGAAGCUUACCUGGGGUGCAUACGGCUGAUGGUCACCCGGUCUUACACACCACCUUUACCCCAACAAUUAGGAGGUAGAGAGAGAGGUCCGUGAAGCUUACGACGGCCAGACGUACAACUUUGCACUAUUCGUUUACCCCAUGCCUCUGAAACGGAGACAAGAAUCGCAGUGGGCUGUCGCUAUGCGCCACCCCAAGCCAAGCAUGCCGAGCGCCGGGCCAUGAAAGCUCACCACUCGGUGCGUUUCCUUCUUGUCUCAGUUCCGAAUUAAACUUGAUGGCCUCGUGACAGGUCUUUUCCGUUCAUAUUAUUUCUUUUUAACAAUACAAUUUAAAAAAGAAAAUAUUGAAAUUCCCAUUCGCCGGGGAAGCUUCCCAGGGUCCAGGGGCCAGCGCAGCACAGGGCUGUAGUCGGGA